AUGAACUAUGCAUCACGUUUGUCAAAACAUGAAUAUAAAGGGCCACUAGGUGAAGAAGAAUAUUUUGAAGAUAUUGAAGAAGAGAAAAAAAAAGUUAAGGAGCUUAUAGAAAAAAUAAAAAGUAGUGAAUACAUAGUUGUUCAUUCAGGUGCUGGCAUAUCAACUAGUUCAGGACUGCAAGAUUUUAGAGGUCCUACGGGAAUAUGGACAAAUGAACACCUUAACGAAUUAAAGAAUAAAAAAAAAAGGAAUCAUGAUUAUAAAGAUAACAAAAGAAAACUUAAAUCUGAUCAUAUAAAAUGCAGGGAUAGUUUAGAUAUUUAUAGUCCUUCCUUUUUGCAUAAUGAAAAGAAAGAGAAUACAUUAAAUAUUGUAAAAAGGGAAAAAUGUUAUAAUGAAAUUGGUGUAAAUAUGAAUUCUUGUAAUAAAAGUGUUAUACAAUCUAACCAUGUAUAUGUUAAUCGUGAUAAUAAUAGUAAUAGUAAUAAUAAUAAUAAUUUAAAAGAGAAUAUGUUAGAAAAUAAUAAUAAUUUAGAACAUAAAAAAAAUAACAAUAAUGUGAAUAAUAAUGAUAAUAACUUGUAUAAUAACGUGGUUAAUUCUAUAGGAUCCAAUGAUCAUACUAAUAAUGAAAAUAUUCUUAUUAAAAAAGAAAGUAAUUCAGAAAAUAUUAGGAAUAACAUACCUGAUAAAGUAAAUAUUAAAAAUGUUAUAAAAACAGAUGCUAAGAAAGAAACUAUUUUAGAUCCUGAAAAUUAUGUAAUUUUUGGAAAAAGAAAAAAAAAGGUUAUAGAACUUCAUUUAGCUCUACCAUCAAAAACUCAUAUUAUGAUAAAUGAAUUAAUGAAUAAAAAUAUAAUAAAAUUUAUGAUAACUCAAAAUAUUGAUUCCUUACAUCAUCGAUGUGGGAAACACUUUUCUAAGACAGCCGAAAUUCAUGGUAAUAUUUUUACAGAAAGAUGUGAUUUUUGUGGUAGAAGAUAUUUAAGAGAUUAUCUCAUAUCUACUAUUAGUUUUAAACCAACUGGUUCUUUAUGUUUUUUGUGUUCAUUUCCUCCUAUUGGAGUAUGUACUGAUGUUUUAUUAGAUUGGAAUAAUUCUUAUGAAGAAUUUUUUCAUUUAAAUUCAAUAAAGCAUUCUCAAAUAGCAGAUUUUCAUUUUUGUUUGGGUUCCAGUUUUUACAUAGUCCCAGCUAGCUCUUAUCCAUCUAAAAAAAAGUACGCUAAUGCAAAUUCCUACAGUUGUGUUAUUAAUUAUCAAAAAUCAUUUUUAUCAAAAGAAGUUAAUUUGAAUAUACAUUCUAAUGUAAAUAAUAUAUCUGAUAUAAUUAUUAAAGAGUUUUCUCUUAAUCCAUUGUCAAUUAGAAGUACAAGGGUUACAAUUGUUAGGUGCCCAAUUGAUACGUUAGAUGUAAUGUCUGAUGACUUAAUAUCAAUACACAAUAUUAAAUUGAAAGAUAAGAGAAUGAGAGAACAAAAUAUAGAUUAUGCUCGAAUAAGGAAUAAAGAUGAAACUUAUAAUAAUGAAAAAUCUGUAAAACUAAAUGUGACGGAAUGUUUAUAUUAUAACAAGCACGGAGAAUGUUAUGAAAAAAGGAAGUAUAAACUAAUAGAUGAACAUUUAAUUCCGAAUAAUGAAGGAAAUAAAAAUAUAUCAAAUGGCAUAAACAUAUCUGAUCAAAAAAUUGACAAUAACAAAAGUAACAACAAUAAUAGUAAUAUUAAUAGUAAUAGUAAUAAUAGUAAUUAUCAUAUGUCUAAAAAUAUAAAUCCUGAUUUUUCGUUUGUUGAAAAUGAGUCCAAUAUUUAUGAUAACUAUAAGGAACAAACAUUUAUACUUAAAUGUUCUAUGAUAAUAAAUAUCAAAACUGUAUGUUUAGAAAAUUUUCAUAAAGUACAUAUAAAACUGUUAGAUGAUAUUAAAGGUAUAUGGAUAAUAAGAACAAAUUUUUCUUGUAUUUUAGAAGUAGAAUUAUGGUAUAAUUCUUUUAUUUUAUUAAAAUUAAAUUUUAAUAAAAGUGAUCCUUUUAUUCAGUUGAAUGCUUGGAAUGUAAAUGUAGCUUAUACAUAUGGUGAUGAUAUAGACGAUUUUGAUUAUUUCCAAAAUGAUGAGAACAAUAAGAAACCAUUUAAUUUAUAUAAAAAUAAAUAUAUUUCUAAUAUGAGAACAGAAGGGGAUGUUAAUAAUGUGUAUACAUUGGAUAAUCAACAACUAAAAAGUAAUAACAAUAAUAAUAAUAAUAAUUAUUAUUAUUAUGAUAAAGAUAAUUCAGGUGAACCAUAUUACUGUUCAGAAAUAUUAAAUGAACAUGUACAUGUAGGUUAUAACCCUAAUAAUUAUGAAACUAAAUGUAAAGCAUAUAUUUUAGCAUACUUGGAUAAUUCAACAGCAUUAGAUAUAAAUAAUAAUGUCAAUAAUAAUGAUUUUAUACCCUUUAAUUUAACACAUUCAUUAAAAUUAUUAUACAAUAUAUAUUGUGUGCUUAAUAAAGAUAUUGAACAAAAUAAAAAUACUACCAUAAAAGAAACAUAUGAUAAAUUGGAUUAUUUUAUAAAAAAUUUUGAUUUCAAUAGAGAUAGUUGCUUAUAUACAAAUAAUUUUAUAAAUAUGCUUAUACAAAAUGAACAUCAUGGUAAUCAAAGUCGCUAUAAAUUUAGAGAAAGAAGAAAGAGACUUUUAAAUGAUUACAGUUCAUGUUCUUCUGAUGAUGACCAGGAUGGAAAAAAUAUUUUCAUUUUUUAUAACUUAUAUAUGAACCAAUAUAAGAAAAAGGGACAUGAUGAAAUAAAUAAAAAAGAUGAAGUGUAUGAAAAAAAUGUACAUAGUGAAUCAAAUCAACAUGUACAUAACGUUAAAGUAAGAACUGAUUUGAUUAACCAUAAAUCUGUUUAUAAAACAGUAAAGAAUAACAAUUUGGUUGAUAUAAAUAAUAUGAACCUAAUAGAAAAAAAGAAUAAUUCAGAAGAGCUGUUCUUAAUAAAUGAUAAGGAUUAUAACAGUUUCCUUUCUGUUAAUAAUAAAGAAAAUAUUAAUUGUAUAAGUGCUUGGCAAAAUAAUAAAACGAAUUGUAACGAAAAUAUGCCACAGAUGACUAAUAAUGAUUUAAUAGAUGUUAUGAAAUCUGAAACGCAAAAGCAAUACAAUUGUUUUGAUAAAUCUUCAAUAAAUGAUAUAAAUAAUAAUAAUAGUGACAGUAACAAUAAUGAUAAUAAUAAUAAUGAUAAUAAUGGAUAUAUAUAUUCUCCAGUUCUUUUCAUAAAUAAAAAAUAUAAACUCGGAGAAUUGGUAUAUAAAAUACCAAAAUAUGUAAAGCCACAAAAAGUUUAUACGCCUUAUAAAAAAAUUACAAGAAAUAAAAAAUAUUCUAAUACCCUUCAAAAGGAUAGAUAUGAAAAAUGGAAAAUGUUAUAUGAAGAAUUGAUUAAUAAUGAAAAUAAAUCAUAUAUAAUAGAUUCACCUCUCUAUAAAGAAAUAAGUUAUUUCCCUUAUUGGAUUAUAAAUUAUGUGAAUGAUUUAUUUGAAUGUAUGUAA